AGCUGUCAACUUCUACUGGAGUAAAUUGUCAAAACAUCCUGUCAAAUUUGUCAAACAAAGAUUCAGCAUCCAAACUUGAUUCCCAAGCUAAAUUGAAUUUAACAAAUAAUCUUAAAUUUAUUCGAUGAUGGCCGAAAAGCCACCAGAAGAAGGCUACAUAUCUGUAGUAGACGAAGAACCGGAGAUUUUUGAACUGUUAAAAUGGGACAAUCCGCACACACAGAAACAGCAGGAAGCGAGGCCUGUUGAAAAGGCAAACAGCCCCGAAAAAAGGCUUCCAAAGGUGCGUGAAGAAUGUAACCCGUUCGAUAUGCCAGAUACAGCGUUUGUCGAUAUGUUUAGAUUGACGAAAGACUUGGUGCAGACCCUGUGUGAAGAACUAAAACCAGUGAUGCCAGAUUCAAUUAAGUCUAUUGAGUUCUCUGUAGAAAGUAAGGUCAUGGCAACUCUUUCAUUUUACGCUAGUGGCAAAUUUCAGAAGACUAUGGGUGGGAAAUCUGAUCCAGCUAUUACCCAGUACUUUGUGGGUACAGCAAUACAGCAGGUUACAGAGGCUAUGAACCAUCCUACCAUUGUCAAAAAAUACAUACAUUUUCCACAUCUUAGAAAUGAAAGAGAUCAUAUUAAAUCUAGAUUUUAUAUGAAGUAUGGCAUUCCUAAUGUAGUGGGAUGCAUUGAUUGCACUCAUGUUCCAAUAGCACGGCCAGAUGAUGACCAGAAGAUACACUUCAACAAAUCAUUUCACUCCAAGAAAGUGCAGAUUGUAUGUGACAGUGAAUGCAACGUGAUGAGUGUGGACGCGAGUGCGGGUGGCUCGUUAUCAUACGAUGCGAUCCUCAACAGACAUGCCGUGAAAAAUGACUUACAGAGCCUUAACCAUUCUGGAGAGCAAUGUUUUCUUAUAGGUGGUCCAUACUACACACAAAAGUUGUACAUCAUGACGCCAAUACCGAAGAUUACUAAAAAAUCCCCUGUUUCACCUGAGAAAUAUUACUCAAACAUACAUAGCCAGGCUUUUAACUCUGUUACAGAGACGAUAAAACAGCUAAAAAGCAGAUGGAAAUGUCUUCAAGCCACAUGCAACAAGCAGUUCGACCCUUCAGCAGUGGCACAAAUUGUUGUUGCUUGCUGUAUUCUUCAUAAUAUUUGUAACAGAAACAGCCUCAUAGUUCCACAGAUGACACAAACGGAAGAAAGGCUGGAAGCGAUGAAGCAGAAGGUAGCAAACGGUCCAAUACCACGCAAGCAAGUGGAUGAUCAGAAUGGCAUUCAAGCGAGGGCGGCUUUAGUCGAGCGGUUGUGGAACGAAAGGAGGGUAAUGCCUGAAAGUAGUGCUCCAAAGAAACGUAUGUCGAAAAAGGAUAGAAUAUUGGAAGGGUAUCAGAGUCAGCAGGCACAGAGCCAUCAGAGUAGUCAUCAGAACAUGCAGGGCGCACAGCAACAUAUCCCUGCGCUGGCGCCGCCGCAACCAUUGCCUCCGCAGAUGCACCAUGAUGAUGGCAGUAAGAGGCCAAGGGUCCUUAGCAUGCAUUGUAAUCCUGGUUAUAGUUUGAGCAUGGCUCCAGGUUGGGGACAUUAUCCUCAGCAGUGAAAAAUUUUGGUUUGAGAUAUGUGGAAAAUACCUUUACCAGCCAGCGCCAGCUCCGACCACAAUGUCAACAUGUAUCAGACAACAAAAAACACUUCAAAAUUACAAUUUUUAUUUAUUUUGACAUUGUUAUUUGUGAUCUAAAUUAAGUGCUAUGAACAAAGAAAGAAAUUUUGAAGUCCACUUUAUUACAGUUCAAAAUCUGUAUGGUAAGGAUGUUAUGCUGGUGAAAAAAGUUUUAUUGAUUGAAGUGUAUUUUGAGGACUGAUUUAACUGUUUGUAAGUAUGACAAAGAUUUGUGAACAUAUCUAAGAAAUCAUAAAAUACGAUGCCAAGUGCCAAUCAUUGCGAGGGGAUAAAAAAUUAAACAAAAUAAUGUUGUGUAUAUUGAUAUAUUUUCU